CGGCCAUAAAAUUGCAAACAAAAAAAUCGGCAGAUACAAACAAAUUCAUACCGUAUAUUACAUACCAAAAUGUUUAGCACACGUGCAUGUUUAAGAUUUCAUUAGAUCAUAUAUAUAAUUCGAUUGUUUUCAUUUGUUUUCAUUCAAUAGAACUGAACAAGUUCAAGCCUUUUGAUUUGGAGCUUUAAGCUGUUGAUUAGUUACAGUUAAAGUUCAAGGCUUGAAAGAUUGAAGUUUUCAUUCAAAUUUUCGGGCUUUUGUUAAAUUCGGAAAUUAAAAUAUUCAACAAAAUUAUCAUAUUAUCUUCGUAAUGUUUCCAGUCUGCACGGGUUGCGAAAAAGACGUUGGAUCCCCUUUAGAUAAAGAUGCAGUACCUAGGAGCAAAACGCUCGAAAAAAUCAUCAACUUACCUUACAAAACUCAACAAGUGAAAAAUGAUAUUUUACUUUUCCUACUUAGUUUGAUUGCAUUUCAAGUCGUGGAAUUGUUUGUGAUGUUUACAAUCACUAUGUCGAACGAAAGAAUGAACUUAGAUGCUCCUGUGUUAUAUGAUAGCGUGUUAUCUCGGGUACCGAGGCAUAAACAGGCGGGGAAGUAUUCAGAGAUAUUGCUGUUUACAUACCAAAUAUGAACAUCACUAUUUAGGUUCAUUUCAUUCCUGGUGUUUCACAAACGACGCUUCGUCAUCGCUAGAAGAUGUCUCGCCAUCCAAUCAAUUUGCUUUAUAUUUCGCAUCAUCUGUGUGUGGUCGAACGUGCUACCUCGAUCCUUAGACACUAUGGAAUGCUCUCCUAAAGCUACUGGGACUACCGAAAUCAUACGCCGCAUCUUGCUUCUCUGGAGCACAGCUGGACUCUCUAUUUUUGGAGGCCAUAUGUGUGGAAACUAUUUUUUCAGUGGUCAUGCUUUGAUGGCGACUAUUAUUCAUAGACAUUUGCGUCACUAUAUGCCUGAUAAUUGGUGGCUGCUUCAUAAACUGAAUACCUUAGUAGCUUUGUCAAUUGCGACAAUGAUUCUAUUUGCGCAUAAUCACUACACCCUAGAUCUGAUUGGCUCAUUUAUAGUGGGUGAUUGGGUCUUUCAGCUUUACAUGUUCUUAGCAGAAAACAAGGAUGUGAACUCGGCCGAGUGGUUUCCUGUAUUCUGGCGACCAGCAGUCGAGUUCAUUGAGUGGGAGAAAGAGCGAGUUGAGUACGCAUUUGGGGGACUGAGAGAGUUAUACCAGUUCACCCGCUUCGCAUCAGUCGUAUUUUUCAACCGAUAGAGGGCGACAGGAAUGAAAGAGAGAAAUAUUAUGUUUUCUACUAUAAAGGAAUUGAAACGGAAAUCAAAACUUGAAUAUAGUCAUAAUACGGACUAUAAACUAAACUUAAAGCAUAUACUUGUCGCCAAAUCAUAUAUUUUAAUUGCGUAUUAAGUUAAAUUCUACCCCUACCCACAUAGAGCACCCUUUGUUACUAUAUCGCAAUAUUCUUUUUUGGUCAAAAAAUUUUUUAAGAGAGGCUCGGUAACCAAAAUUUAAUCAUUUUGAGGAGUUGGUUAAAUGGGGUUCAAAAACGCAAUUUCUUUGUCCAAACCAUCAACAAAUUGCUCUAAAUACUUUUUUGCCGUUCUUUUAAAUAUCCAGCUAAAAUCAAAAAAAUUAGAUUUGGUCUAAAAUCAAUGAAGGUGUCAAAAUAAAGUUCAAAAUUGUUUGGAAAAUCCCCCGCACCCACUCCCGAGAAAAACUAGAUCCGCGCCAACUGAAAAACGAAUGAAAAAAAAAACAUGCAGAAAAAAUUUAUUACAUCAAAAAUCUAAGAAUCAGAGUCAAAUUGUUUCUCUCGAUUUCAUUUUUCAAAAAAUCU